AUGCUCGACCCGCCCGAGCCCGACGACGACGCCGCCCAACCGCCGCGCGCACCGGUCGCCGCCGCCUCGCCGAGAGGGCUCGUCCUCGCGUGCGCCGACCUGCUGCACCGCGGGGACCUCGACGGGGCACGGCGCGCCGCGGGCGCCGCGCUCUCCGGUGCCGACCCCCGGGGAGACGCGGCCGACCGCCUCGCGCACCACUUCGCGCGCGCGCUCGCGCUACGGGCCGACGAGGGACGAAGUAGCGUUGGCCCGCCAGCGGCCGUGGGCGUGGGCGUGGCGCCGGCGUCGUCCGCGGCGCACCUGGCGUACAACAAGAUCGCGCCGUUCCUGCGCUUCGCGCACCUGACGGCCAACCAGGCGAUCCUGGAGGCCGCCGCCGGCGCGCGGCGCGUGCACAUCGUGGACCUCGACGCCGCGCACGGCGUGCAGUGGCCCCCGCUCCUUCAAGCCAUAUGCGACCGCGCUGACGCCGCCGUCGGCCCGCCCGAGGUCAGGAUCACCGGCGCCGGCCCUGACCUCGAUGUGCUCCUUCGCACCGGCGACCGCCUCCGCGCCUUCGCCAGCUCCCUCAACCUCCCAUUCCGCUUCCACCCGCUGCUCCUUCCCUGCACGGCUCAGCUUGCCGCCGACCCGGCCGCCUGCCUUGAGCUGCACCCGGACGAGACUCUGGCCGUCAACUGCGUGCUAUUCCUCCACAGGCUCUCCGGCGACGGUGAGCUCACCGCAUUCUUGAGGUGGGUCCGUUCGAUGAACCCCGCCGUGGUGACCAUCGCCGAGAGGCAAGGCGAAGCCGGCCGAGGAGAGGACGACGACGACUUACCGCGGCGGGUGGCCGCGGCGAUGGACUUCUACUCGGCGGUGUUCGACGCGCUGGAGGCCACGGUGCCGCCGGGCAGCGCGGAACGGCUGGCGGUGGAGCAGGAGAUCCUCGGCACAGAGAUCGACGCGGUGGUGGCUGGCCCCGGCAGCGGCGGUGGGCGGCCCCGCAGCUUCGAAGCGUGGACGGCCGCCGCGCGCGCCGCGGGGCUUUCUCCGUGGCCGGCCAGCACGUUCGCGGUGUCGCAGGCGCGGCUACUGCUGCGCCUGCACUACCCGUCGGAGGGGUAUGCGGCGGAGGAGGCCGGCGGCGCGUGCUUCCUCGGCUGGCAGACGCGGACGCUCAUGUCGGUCUCUUCGUGGCACUAG